GGUGCAGAUGACUUAACGUUUAAAGUACUGCCUUUGCCAAGUCCGCGCGACAUUUUUUGUUUCUUUCUAGGAGCCAGCCAUCUCAAGCAGUGUUUAACGGCGUAAGUACCGAACGUAAAAUUUGAACCUUUAUUCAGUGGUUACCUUCAAUACUUAUUGCCCGCACUAAGGUGACAACGAAGGACUUGAAGACAAAUAUAGAGGGAACUCGAUAUUAAUCACAUUGACUAAAUGCAAGUAUUUCAAUUUAAAUUGUUUGAUCGAUCCCUUACCCGUCUCCAUUCCUGUAUUUAGACCACGUUUUUUUUUAAGAUAAUAUAAUAGAUGUAUAAUAGUUUUGACUUCGAAGGCCAGUCAAACUUUUGUGACAUAUAAAGGCGCAAAAUACUUCGAAUAAGAAUACGAAGAGUAUUUCAUAAAAAUGAAACGCUCUUCGAGAAACGUCGAUGCUCACACCAUACUUGGCUAUUUUCUUGAAAAAGAGCAACGAGCUAAAAUAUUUCCUUAUGUAAAUCACACUGCGAUUAAAAAAUAAAAUGAAAACAUCAGAAAACGCUUUUAAAUAACGAAAAGAAAUAAUUUCUCCGUGCUAUGAUAUCUCUUUCCUAAGUUAUAGUAUAAGGUUACGAAAUGGUGAAAUCUAUUUUAAAGAUUUGGUAAUAUAACACAGUCAGUGGUAUCCACACAUUUUCAACAUCAACAAAUUUACUUUCUCUAUUAGGCUAAUAUUUCCAGUCAAGCUGUGUAAAAACGAAUUUUCGUACAAGGCACCAGGUAGUCAAAACUUUACAACAGCCUUUUACUGCUAAUGAAGAGAUUCAGGUAAAGCCAGUCUAGAAAGGACAGUGAUAUCUUACAAACAAUUACAACUCGAAAUGAAAACAUCGAAAAUAUACAGUAUAGUACAACAUUCCACCUUUAAGCUACCCGGAAUAUCUACGUGUCAACGAACAUUUUAGCCACCAACUAUGAGAAAUUUACGAAUUUCUGAAGAACGUUCUUCGAAUAAGAUGAGGGAAUGAUUGAUUAUUGGAUGAUAGCGCUGCGUUCACGGAAUGAUUGCCGGUCCAAGCGAAAUGACCCCAUGACCAUCCAUCUGUUCUCCGUUCAGCGCAGUGUCGUCUGCUACUCGCUCCAUGACAGAUUGUCGUUGACUCUACUUAAUAGCCGUCAAAAGAAGUCAAUUCGUCGAUUCAUUCGGCUAUGUCCGAGAGCCGAAGUCUAUAAGUGACGUUAAUGGGGUUGCAUUGUACUGGUACAUGAGGCGACGCAAAGGCAAUGCGCUAAGCAAAAACUCAGCCGGUUCUAGUGGUGUACAGAAAAGCGAUACACGCGCGGUUAGCCAGAAAAAAGUCGACGAGCAAAUGAAAUCCCAGAAAGAAAGAGCUACAGGAUACAAGGAUAAAGGGAAUCGAUUCUUCCGCAAUAACAGAUUUAAGGCAGCUAUUGAAAGUUACUCGGAAGGAAUCAAGGUAUGCCCAGUGAAUGAAACUGAGAUGCUCUCAAUAUUUUACCAGAAUAGAGCAGCCUCCUACGAGAAACUUCAGAUGUUUGAUAAUGUCAUCCAGGACUGCAAUAAAGCAAUUGAACUUAACAAAAGAUACUCCAAGGCAUACCUUCGUCGUGCGAAAGCAUGGGAACAGCGUGGAGAACUGCGAAAAUGUUUGGAGGAUGCAACAUUCAGCUGUAUGAUAAAUGACUUCAAGGAUGAGCAGGCUUUACAGCUGGUUGACAAGAUGUUAAAGUUGUUCGGAGCUCAGCAAGCUAAAGAAAUAUACCAUCAGCGAAAACCUUCACUUCCGUCAUCACCUUAUAUUCGGAACUUCCUUCGUUCGUUUUCUGAGGACCCCGUCAUUUUAGACUUGAAUGCUAAGCGCAAUAACGUGCCACAGCAAAAGAGUCACAUGCCGCCUAGUGGAUACGAUUUGGCCUUACAAGAUCUUCAGGAUGAAAUCUGGGAUGCGGUUGAAGCCCAUUGCAGCGAAGAGAUUGAGAAAGAUCAGAAUAAGGAAAAAGUGGACAAAGCCCUGAUUCUAAGAGCAGGUUUUAGCCUUAUCACAGGAAAGGUCACUGAAGCGAUGAAGGAUGUCGAGAACCUUCUAAGCCGAGAGAACGUUGACAUCAAGGUUCGGGUCAAUGGACUGAUAAAGAAAGCUACGGUAGAACUUCACUUCGAGAAGACUGAAGAAGCCCUGGCUACAUUUCAAAAAGCCGUCGACCUGGAUCCUAACAAUGCAGACAUUUAUUUGCAUCGCGGUCAAGUCUACCUGCUCCUAGACCAACUUGAUCAGACGGUGAAGAAUUUCGCAACUGCGUCAUUUUUGAAGCCUGAUUUUGUGUCUCCCAACGUCCAGUUAGCCUACACAGAAUAUAGAGCCGGAACACGAUUCAACGACCGUGCACAGCAAAAUGCUGGAAGGAAGAAAUUCAACGAGUGCUUAAAGAAGUUCCCUAAUGAUUCUGAGGUGCUGUUCCUUUACGCUCAGCUAAUGAUGGGUCUAGAAAAGUAUGACUCCGCUGAGAAAUACCUCAAUGAACUCAUUGAAAUUCACCCUCAAGAUUCUGCGGGAUUCGUGCAUCUCGGUAUCAUUGCCUUGCAGGCUCGAAAGGAUAUCCGUGGCGCUGUAGCCCUCAUGAAGACGGCCAUCGAAAAUGAUCCAAAGUGCCAACUCGCCUACGAAACCCUCGGCACCCUUUACAUACAAACCGGUCAGAUGGUGGAGGGCAUUGCACUUCUGGACAAAGGCAUCGCCAUGGCGCAGACAGAAGCCGAAAUUGCCCAUCUGAUCGGCUUGAAAACAACUGCUGAAAUUCAGAUGUCAGCGAGUAAGAAAUUUGGUACAGAAGUACCACUCUUUUCCGUACCACUGGCAGUGAAUUAAAAGACCACGAAAGUCAAAUACCAUUUACGAUAUAGGAAAAAAUCCAAUGGGAACUACCCUGAGCGGUUUACACAUGUUUCUGGUAUCCAAAAGUCAGGCACCUCGUAGUCCGAACAAUACAAUUAGAUGAAGCCGUGCAUUUGGUCUUUGUGCGCUUAAAAUCUAUAACUGUAUAGCACGCACAUGUAUGCUGACUAUAGCAUUGACACCUAUACAAGAAACCAAAUCGAGUCACUACUUAACUUUGGUUAGACUUAAUUUGUUGUAAUUUCAUGUUAUUAGCAAUUUCAAUUGUAGCUCCCCAAGGAAUCCCAUGAGAACAAUGAUGCUAAAGCCAAGUACAUUUUGGGCUUAAUUAAAUCGUAUGCACAUACGGAUAAGAUCAAAUAUUAAAUAUAAAUUAAAAAAUAAAAGAAAAGGAACUGUUUGUCAUGCUUACUACAGAUUUCGGUCAGCUGUUCGCGUUUCUCAGGAAAAUCCAAUCAAAAAACCAAAAACUGCUUUGAGCGACUCUCUAUAAUUGUUGAUUUUACUGUAAAUUAGUCACUGAGAAGAAUUUAUUACGUGAUUUUGCUUUCACAAUAAAACUUCAAUCAGAUGAAAGGUUUGCGGACUAUCAAAAACUUGAAAGAACCGAAAGAAAUCUUUGCUUUUCUUUAACGACAACAAGUGUCCAAAUUGAAAAAUAUUGCUUGAAAAAUUUAUAAGUAUUGUAAAAUGUUGUUUUUGCAUACGAAUUGAAAAGUAGUUUUAUACGUGCUGUGAAGAUAAGCAUACCUUUAACUCGUUCAAACCUGGUUACAAUUUUACCUGUUUUGUACGCAAAAAUACAUCUAAUACACUAUACUCAUAUGCUCACCGUAUGCACUAAACAAGUAACAGAAAUCCCGAGCUCAGCCAAUUAGUGAUAACAAUAUAUAAGUAACUGUGGGCUAAUAAAAAGGUUUUAUAGAGAAGCAAAUUUCGCAGCUUCGGAAGAUCUAGUUGUACGAAGAUAGCCUUGUGAAACUUUUUUAAGUCAUUUUAUAGUGUGUAGCACGGAUGAACUAGAAGGUUUUUUUAGAACGAGUGCUAGUAAAUCAAGCUGCUUAUAGACAGUCACUGUGCCGAAAUACAGUUGAAAACUAGUUCCAGCAAGAAAUAAAAAAAAUAAAACUGGCAGUACUAAACAGGUGUCAACUGCAUAUACAUGAGAGGGACUUAGACACGAAACACAUCCGCACCAUGCACAUAAAGCCUGGGGUAUAAUAGGGGAGAUGUGCGCGUCAAUGAUAUUCGAAAGAGUGAGAGAAAAAAGAAAGGGGCAUGAAUGCGAAAGGGGUACAGAAUAAUAGCACCACCGAUUGAGCUAAAAGUAAACGUGAAAACGGAAUAAAAAAGAGCUCGAGCAAAUAACCAGGAAGAUGUCGUCACGAAUGUCGUUGAGUAAUUGUAGUAAUUAUGAACGCCCUUUUAGGUUUGGCGUCUAAUAAAAGUGAAUUUUUGAUGAAAAAUCUGUUGGUAGAUGUGUUAUUAACUGUCAUUAUUAGUUGAUUAUAUUAAUACAUUUCGCUUAUAAAGAUAGAGAUACCGCACCGAAGAUUGUCUUCAUU